CAGAUGAGGGAUAUGAGUCCUGUUCUACGAGCCUUCUAUGUGUACACUGCGCUGGUGCACUACAUCCACCCCUUCCACGAUGGCAACGGACGUAUCUCGCGGUUGCUAUGUAACUCCAUACUACAGGCAUACGGCUUUGUGAGUGUCUUGCAAUACUCAGAUAAGAUCAUCACGUUUGAGGAGUAUCUACACAAGCUAGAGGCCUGUACGGAAGCAUACAGGAACAUCAGAGCGAAUAUGACUGUACGGUAACGCUGGUACGGGCCGUAUGAGCACGUGGGUUUUGGGUGGGCCCACUACACCCACAUGUACUGUGUACACGAGAUGGUGAGGGUGCGAGGACUACAGAGAUAUGGGGAGUCGUAUAUGAGAUCUGGGUCACCCUCAAGCACAGUCUCACCCAUGCAAACCACACGUAGACGAAUGUGUUUAGAACACACAGAUACCCUAAACCCUAAACCCUACUAUACUGUGCUGGAGGUCGGCAUAGAAUGAUACGCCCAGGGUUUGAUACCAAAUGGCACGGGCAAUACCCAUAACUUGGCAACCGUCUCCUGUGGGACGCUGCCGCUCGUAUACACAGACGUGCAUAACAACCCGUUAAUAUCGAAACAAGGGUAGUUGGCAAUUUAUAAAAGAACAUCUGUUGCCGUAGGAGGGGUCUUGCUGAGCCAGCAUGUAGGGUCUAGGGUUUACGAUAGCACGAGAGACUCGGACAGACAGCGCUCUGGAGAGGAUCGAAUGGACAGCUGGGUUGGCGUUUGCGUACGACAGUACCCACGCCUGCGACUGCAUUUGUUAGACAAUGCGAUGUCGUAUAUUGCAGCCCUAGGAUAGUACGAGGUCUGAUUCUGCAGGUGUUAGGACUGUGGUCACGGUUACUGGUACACACACAUAUAUACAACGGAAGUAGUUCACACAUACUCAGACCCCUAAAGGGAAUGAGUACCCUCUGUACACGCAUACGUACACAGAAGGAGUAGUAUCUCGAUGACUUACACACCUACACAUAAGAAGUAUUCGUAUACACACGCACACGCCCCGACACUGCACAAAUGUCUUACACACACACACAUAGCUUACACUCCCUUAAUACACACAUACUUACACUCCCUUACAUAGAAAGUAUAGUAUGUAGCAUCAUGGCAUGAGGCCACCCAGACGGCAAUACACCAUAUGCAUGCACGAGUGACUAUCAAACCCCUCCUUGCAUAAUUUUUGGGUUUAAACCCAUAAUCCCCUUCUCGCAUGGUUUUAGUUUUAAACCCAUAGCCCCUUCUCGAAUGGUUUUAGGUUUAAAACGGCUGACUGACGCAGUAGUAGGUGUCAACGGUACAGCUAUUGUCUGGGCUAUUGUAUAGGCAAGAAGGCGAAGCGGAGGGUUGCUUUCAACUGUUGCUGUGAUACACCGCCACAUCUGGUGCCAUCACCAUGUGACUGAGAGAUGGGGCUAUGCAUCGCUUGUGUACGGUGCAGUGGUCCUGGAUGUCUCAGAGGGGAGACAAAGGUGCAGGUACAGCUAAGGUCAUACAAGCGACCCCGUGCAAUAAAAUAGGGCAACACUAUAUGGCUAGCCCAAAG